AUGGCCCUGAAAUCCACCGCUCUGGUCGCCCCGACUGCGCCCGUCAGCACUCUGACUCCUGGCGAGACAGGGGCCACCCUGGGCGCCAUUGGCGCCAAAGACGGGGGUGUCCACGCUUCAAACCCAUUUUGCUUCAGGGUUUUUGGCGAUGCGCCACUGCCGGAGGGUCUGUCGGAGGGUCUGUCAGAUCAUCGUCUCAGCGUGUUUGAGGGCAACGGUACGAGAGAGAUCUUUGACAGUUGCGAUGCUGAUGAGUCGCCUGUCGUCCUGUCUUUCACAUUUGAAGUCGAUGGCGUGGCUCGAACUGUCGAUUUUAAGUGA